AUGGAUCCUUCGAAGUCUGGCGGCGAGAUUGGUAAAAGACUGAUCCCUCAGAUCAUAGAUGCUUACGCGGAACAUGAGCCUGACAGGAUAUGGGGCGCUCAGGCGCGUACUGACACAAUCUCGGACGGCUUCAACAAUAUAACGUUCAAGCAGCUGGCUCAUCUGGUCAAUCACUUCGCCCGGUUUAUCCACGAAAAGAUUGGACCUGGCCAAGAGUUCGAGAGCAUAUCCUAUAUUGGCUCUUCAGACCUUCGUUAUUGUCCGUUCGCGUGGGCUGCAGUCAAGUGCGGCUAUCAGACGUUGUUGCCUUCUACGCGGAAUUCGGAGUCUGGCAACCUGUCGCUUCUGUACAACCUCAAUUGCACCAAGUUCUUCUGCUCCUCAGAAUGGGUGCCUCAAGUGGAACGAUUGAAGCAGACGAAGAUGGACCUGCAGAUCUUCGAGAUCCCAUCGAUCGAGAACACGCUGGCCAGCCCUACGAAGCAUUACCCUUACGACAAGACGUUCGCGGAAGCAGAGAACGAUCCGAUCAUCUGCUGUCACACAUCAGGUUCGACAGGCGCUCCCAAGCCAAUCCAGUUAACGAAUCAUUACUUCGCAGCCUAUGACAACCAUCGCAAGCUUCCUCAGAUCAAGGGCAGAGGUCGAAAUGUCGACUACGCAACCUUCGACACUCCAGAUUGUGCUUACUAUUACAAUACCUUCCCGCCAUUCCAUAUAGCUGGCAUUAUUGCACAAGGCACGAUUCCGAUUCUCUACAGUACGACAGUACUUCUCGGUCCCGUCCAUAGGCCUCCCAGCGGCGAGAUUUGCAACGACAUCCUGAAGCAAGUGAAGAUACACUCAAUUUACACGCCUCCGACCGUUCUUGAGCAACUACUGUUGGAGCCUGACGGCUUGGGACGAGCCGGUCAGUGCGACUUUAUCAUCUUCAGCGGCGGGCCUUUAGCACCUUCAACCGGUGAUAUGGUGGCGAAGGUGACCGACUUAGGACAGUACAUUGGAUCAACGGAGAUCGGCAUUAUCCCCGGCAUUCUUCCCAGUCCGGAGACCUGGAGAUUCUUCGAAUUCCAUCCGACCUUCGGUUGCGAGCUCGAGCAUGUCACGGAAGACCAGUACGAACUUGUUGUCCCUCACGACGAUGCACUGGACUGGAUCCGGCCAGCGCCUUACCGCAUUGCACCGAGCAAAUGGCGGACGAAAGAUCUUUUCAAGCAGCACCACGAGAAGUCGUACGCGUAUAGGUUCCAUGGGCGGGCUGAUGAUAUUGUCGUGCUUGGUAACGGAGAGAAGUUCAACCCAGUCACCAUGGAGGCAAUCGUUCAGGGUGCUCCAUUCCUCUCCGGCGCGCUGAUCGUUGGACAAGGCAAGUUCCAAGCCGCUUUGAUCGUAGAGCCUAAGGAGGAGGCGCCACCUGGCGAGUCUCAAGACAAGCUCAUUGAAACCAUCUGGCCAUGGGUGCAGAAAGCGAACGUCGAUGGGCCUGCUCAUGCUCAGAUCUUCAAGUCGAAGGUUUUGGUCACCAGUCCAGACAAACCAUUGGUCAGAGCAGGGAAAGGGACGGUCGUACGACAGAAAUCUACAGAUGCCUACAGUGAGGAAAUCGAGGCUCUCUACAUUGACAAGCUCGAGGAUCCAACUACUAUCGAGGGCCUGCCGACGUUGCAACCACCAUUCACAGCGGAGAAGCUUACCGCAUUCAUAUGUGCCUAUCUCAGCACUCUGCUCUCCUGGGAGAUUAAGCCGCAUGAUGAUGUCUUCGUUCUUGGCAUGGACUCACUACAAACGAACCAAGUGGUCAACGGGCUGAAGAGCCGGCUCCAUUCCCAGGCAGACAUCUCAUUCCUCUCGCCCAAGGCUGUCUAUCACCAUCCGACUCCGGCGUCACUCGCACAAUUCUGCUGUGAUUCUUUGAGCGCAAAUCGCAUGGAAGAUGGUGCGGUCGAUCUGGAAGCGGAGCGGGUGAAGCGCAUGGAAGAGAUGGUUCUCCGACAUACCAAGAAUCUGCCACGUCCUCUGGCAGACCGCGCUGCUCCGAAAGCUACACGCACUUCUCCAAGAAGGAAGAAGGCACGGACUGACGCUGGCGUGACAAACGGUAUCAAUGGCGCGCUGAGUGGCCCUAUCACUGUGGCACUUACGGGCUCUACCGGUACUCUGGGCACCAAUUUGCUGCAAGAGCUCCUGGAAGACGAGGCGGUAUCCAAGGUCUACUGCCUAGACAGGUCAGCUGAGGCCGAGCGGCGUCACAAGAAGAGUUUUGCUGAUCGCGGGAUAUCUCAGCUGCUUGACAACUCAAAGGCGGCUUUUCUGAAAAUCUCGUUCGGGCCGUCCAACUUUGGCCUGGAAGAUCCUGCGUUCAAGACACUUGUGUCAGAGGUGGAUGUCAUCAUUCACAACGCCUGGAAGGUCGACUUCAACCAUCAGCUGGAGUCAUUCGAGGCAGAGCACAUACGCAGCGUUAGGAACUUCGUCGACUGGGGGCAUCAAAGUCCGAAGCACCCUCGCAUACUGUUUGUGUCGUCGCUCUCAUCUGUCAGCCAGUGGCCAGUCCAUCAUACGGGGCCUGUCCCGGAGACAGCGAUGGAAGACUAUCACGUGGCGCAAACUCUGGGUUACGGGGAGUCGAAACAUGUCGCUGAGCGCAUUCUGCAAAAUGCAGCAAUGCAGUCCAACGUUAAUGUCGGCAUACUGAGAGUCGGGCAGAUUGCAGGGUCGACUAGAGCAGAUGGCACGAUCUGGAACCCUGCAGAGUACUUGCCGUCUCUUAUCCAGACCUCAUUGGCGCUCGGUCGCGUUCCUGAGACUCUUCCCGGCGUAAUCGACUGGAUUCCUGUCGACGUCUUGUCCCACAUCAUCAUUGACAUUGUCCACGGCACUCGAGGGACAGACAAGCUGCAAGUGUUCAAUCUAGUGAACCCACGAACUACCUCUUGGGAUCAUCUGCUUCCAGCGAUGCAGAAGUACCGCGCAUCGUCGGACACACCGCUUCUUCCUAUCUCGUUCGCGGAUUGGACGAAACUACUUCAUCGCGUCGACGUAAACAACAAGCAGGAGCUUGCCGCCAUGCCGGCAGCGAAGUUGAUAGCAUUUUACGAGGGUAUGCAGCAGGAUGACGACGAGCAUGGCGGUCGGCUGUUGUGUGAGACUGCCAAUGGGGAGACUUUUAACGCUGCAGCCGGUUGA